CCCCGGCGCCCGCCGCUGAAGCCCAGCACGCGACGCCCGCCCGCCAGCGCCUGCCGCCCCGCAGCGCGGCUCCGACUGCGGUCCUCUCUCCAAGAUGUGGCACAACGUCGGGCUGACCCUGCUGGUGUUCGUGGUCACGCUGCUGAUCGUCCUGCUGCUGAUGGUGUGCGGUUGGUAUUUUGUAUGGCAUCUUUUCCUAUCGAAAUUCAAGUUUCUGCGGGAACUGGUGGGAGACACAGGAUCUCAGGAGGGAGAUCAUGAGCCAUCAGGCUCUGAAACAGAAGAAGACACUUCCCCAUCCUCACACAGGAUCAGAUCUGCUCGCCAAAGGAGGGCGCCUACUGACGAAAGCCACUGACCCCAGCGUCGUCCUGUACUAGUGAAUGAUGAAAGGCAGUGGGGAGCCUCUGUCUUUAAUGACGGCUUUGGUUUGUGUUCCUUGGAUUGUAAGUCCAAUUGAAAAACAAGAAAAGAUGUAUCUGUAAGCCAUAUGAAAAUAAAGGGAAUUAAAACCAAAUCAGAUCAUUACAAGAUCCGUCUUAACGAAUAGUCUUUUGCUCUACUAGCUUUCCACUUACAUACUUACUCUUUGCCUCCUGGACUUAUUUCCUUGCACUGGUGUGAAUCUGUUAAACAUUACAAGCUUGAAAAACCAUAUUUUAUUAGUUUUAUAAUGUAUGGGGUUUUGUUCUUGUUGUCGUCGUUUUGUUCUUGUUUUUGUUACCACAUUUUAACCUUGUCUGAAGUUGCGCUGAACCCCAUGAUUACCGUCAGCCGGGAGAUGGUCGUGGUGCAAUGAUCCCCGCCUGUGCGUGUGUGGACAUCACUGUACUGUGGGUAUCAAGUGUGUCAGGUUUAAUUGGCACUUAAAAAUGUCUUCAGAAAGAUCGCACUAUGGUUCAGCAUUGAAACGGAAAGUUACUGUGUGCACGGAAAAGCGCGGGAACGGAGAGCUGGACGCACGUUUCGUAUUAGCGAAGCAAACAGCUGUCGCUGGAGGAAUGGCCAGACUUCCAUGUUUACUUGUAAAGCCACAGCAAAAUGCUUCAGGACCUAAGAAAGGAAGACACCCACCAGUGGGUGAAGCUGUACUAGGUUUUGUUAGUGAGGCGCGUGCACAAGGAUGGCCUGUCCUCGCCAAGCGGUGCGACUGAAGGCAGGAGAAACUGCCCAAACCCUGGGAAUAGGAGAGACAGAAUUCAAAGCAGCGCGAGGCUGGUGUGAUCAGUUUAUGCGCCGAGCAGGUCUGUCUUCAAGGCGUCAGACCUCAUUUUGCCCAAAGCUCUCUGCUGACAUGAAGCAGACUUCAGGGCGGAGCACCCUUUCAAGAAACGCCCCGUCCCCAGCGCUCUGGAUGACGCCAAGGGUGCUGCUCUGUGGAAGAAAGCAAGCCUCUGUGGCUGUGGUUGGAGAAGGGUCACAAGACUUGGACUCAGAAUAUGAAGUUAUAGGUAUAACUUAACCAAUUAUUUCACUCACACACUUUCUUCAGGUAUGUGCAAGACUGAUAUGACAGAAGCCUCUUUAACUCAAACAAUGUUUCAAUAAAUACCCUCAUUCUACAUGCUAUGAAAGCAUUGUGUCCGCUUAAUUGCCUGUAUUUUUUCUUAGUGGUACACAUGGUGCAUCUUACAAUUGAUGGUAUCUUAGAGUAAAAAUAGUUUAUAAAUUUAUUCUUCUUUGUAGGGUAGCGAUUAUUUAUUGGGGAACUUAAUCCUGACUCUUAGGCUGUUAAAAUAGUUAUCCUCUAGGAGAUACGAUUUUUUUUUUUUUUUUUGCAACCUAUUCAAGAUUUUAGAGUAGUAACUUAGGAAUCUAAGAACCAUCUUCUACUUCAGGAAGAAUAAGAUUAGUUUCUCCCUUUUGUAUGGGAGGACUUCAUGCUCAAGGCAUGUGUUGUGGAGAAAUUGCUUCUUCACAAACAAUUCAGCAACGAGACCUCAGAGGUCCUGGGUGCUGAGGGUAAACUAGAGUGGUGACCAUGCCCGCCUCACUGCAAAAUAACCUGCCAGGUGCCCGUGUUUGUCUUCACUGGACUUUGGACCGAGUGUUCACCAGGGAAGAGAGAAAGACCCUUCCCGUUCCGUGUUACCCGCUCUGUACAAGGAUGAACUGCAAAGCCAGUUUCUUUUAUUAAUGCAAGUUUCCGUUAUGUUUCUACCCAUUUUUUCCUCCAGAACUAGUCCUCACAGAUUAUCGCCUCUCUUUUACAAUGGUGUGUAACUAUGUGUGAUACCUCAUAGUUCACGCUCAUGGUUUGCUUGGUGACUGUCCACUUGCUGUGUAGCCGCUUGUAUUUCUGAGGCUGACCUUGGCCAUCAUUGGAGCCCUUUGGAUAAACUGAAAGGGAAUUUACAGACCAUAGGUUUAGUUUUAAAUAUUUGCUAGGGGAAGAUCCCUAGCAGCUGAGAGAGGCACAGAAUCUUUCUGUCAUUUCCUUACUGGAUGCCAUUUUCUAUUUGUGACUGUAGGGAUUAACAAACCAGUGACAAGUUGCAAGCAUUAAUUUUAGUGCUUCAUACUAGCUGCGUUAUCACAUUAAAACGGUCAUCAGCUAGAAAAGAAUUCAUGCCUAAAAGCUUGGUACGGGGAGGAUGUUUAAAUUAGAUCUUUCAUAGCCUAAUAUUUUGAGCUGUGGAUUCUGCUUUCUAGUGUGUGUGUAUCUAAAGUUUCGGUAAUAAUAGUAGUUGCUGACAAACAUUAAGUAGCCGGCGAGCUUCUACACUGAUUCAGUAUUAACGAUGGCUGGUGUAACUUCAUAAAAUCUGCAAGGGUCAUCCACAAAUUAUUACAGAUGAACCCACAUGAAGGUGUACAUGUUGGUAUUACUUACAUUUAUGCUUCAGGAAUAUCUUUUUUUAGUAGGAUUUAAGGAAAUGGUCUGUUUAACUCACUUAGGAAGUCUAUCUGAAAGCAUAUGAAGUAGCUUACACCCUACCAGGUUUUAACUCUUCGGAGAGUAGAAAGAAAUCACUGAUGCCAAUAUGAACGUUCUGCAAACUAAUUGCUUCGCUUAAAGCUUUUAUUUUUUCUUUCAUUCCUCCACCCCCCCACCCCCGCCCAACACACAUACACACUCACCAUAGUACACAUUUCUAAGGGCGCCACUAAGAAAGACAAGAGGAAUAUUAACACACAAUUAUUUGUGUGGGGGUGUGUUUCUGUUCCUAUUCCUAUUUUAGUGCUUUUGUAGCUGCGCUUAACCAGAAUUUCAUAAGUGCAUUUUCAGUUUCUCAGUGGGAGACUGACUAGCCUGUGGUUAAUUUUGAAGCUUAGAAGAUUCUGAGCAGUCAGAGUACAUUCACGAAUCAGUCUUGUCUGGAUACUCACAGACAGAGAUGGUGACCAGCUAUGCCAUCUUUUGAGGAUUAAUUCUAGAAUUGAGGACUCUGAUAAGUUGUUUCAUUUCCUUCCCAAGCAACCAUUCCCGCGUCUCUUUUGCCUCCAAAACUUUUGUGAAAAUUGCCUGUAUCAAGCGUACUGGUUUGCAUUGCUCUGAUUUCAAUGCCAAAAAAACACUAAAUAUUUGUGUGGCACUGUUUAGUGAGGUUUUUAAUAUUGACAUCAAGCUAAAAAUAGAAUUCAUCCAAUGGAUUUUGUAGUAUUGUUUUCAUGGUGGAAACAUUAAAUGCCUUGUUUUUUGGUGAAUAGCUAAUUCACAUAUGUGCUGACCCGUUUCUUUAGAUGAUGCUAGGCUUAAAAGCAAGUUCCACUGUUCUUUUGCUGAAAGUGGGAAUAUAUUUUGCUGAAAGAUGGGUGAACCAUAUUAAUGGUUUCACAAAAUGUUACUUUAAACCAAAAUGUGUUGAAAGAUUUGAAAGUAAUGCUCUUUUACUUUUAGGAGCAACCUAUUUUGAAGUUAUUGUAAGUCAACAGCGUGGUGAUUUUUAAAAAUCCCUUUCUUUUUUAAAGUUAUGUUUUAGUGUAAUGUAACCAGUGUAACAUUAGAGUUUUGACUGGUUAACUUCAGGUGCUCUUCUAUUUGAAGUUGACUUUUAAAAGCUAAUGAGCAGUACUCAAAGGGUAUAGACUUUGGAGCAACUAAUGGAAUAGUAUUUCAUGAUGGAGUCUAGAAUUAAAGCACCUAGUAUCGUCUGCUUUUAAAGUAUCCUAAAGCUUUUGAUCUAAAGCAUAAAGAAUAGCAUUUUGUCUUAUAUUAAUAACAGUUCCAUUUUCCAUUUCUUAAUGUACAUGGGCUGCCUGCCUUAGGACCAGUGUUUAACAGUACCCUCCAAGUCCGUUCUGUGCGUAACCAUUCACCAAAUACGGCUGCUGCUGUUUCUUAAAGGAGACGUUCUGUGCGAUAAUGUAUUGCCAUCUGCUGCUUGACAAAUAGGCUUAUAUAUAAGGAAUUAGAAAUAUGUGCAUUAAUAGUUCCAUUAUGUAAUGAGAUGUAAAAUUAGAGUUAAGGAAUGUAUGUAAAUGAUCACUCACUGUUUUUGUUUCAAAACUGGUCAGUACUGUACCCAAAGCUUCUGUGGUCUGUUUGAUGUUUUAACUUUCACUUUAAAUUGCACAGAAUAAAUUAAAAUGAAAACAAAA